AUGUCCUAUACCCAACCUUCUACUUCUAUGGCUGUUGACUCUGGCUUGAGGUCUACCUUGGCGGACGAAAUGGCUCGUGCAGAGCGAUCCGGCGCUGGCACCUUCCGAGAUCUGCCUCCAGAAGCCGUUCAGGGUCUCGACAUAGACAUAGAGAUGGAGGAUGUCACUGUGCCCGCCGCAGACGCCACCCAUCCUCCCGCCCACGACAACUGGCCUCAGAUUCGCCAGGAUGCGAUCGAGUUGCUGAUGCACUAUUACUCCGUCUUGAAGAGAUCUCAAGAACCCCCCGCGCAGUUCACGUACGUUUUUUUUUUCUAA